UUUUUUCAGAAAUAUUCCCCGUUUCUUGUGUCCGUCACAGAGCUUUCCAGCGAAAGCACACUGCACAAGAUCCUGAAGAAGAGAGAAGGAGAGACCGAGGCAAAACCUGCCACGGUGGCACUGCCAUCCUCCAAAGCCAAAGAGUUUCUGACAUCCCUGCGGAGGCCAAAGAGGAACAUCUGGGACCGCAGCCGCCCUGAUGUGCAGCAGUGGAUCAUGCAGUUCAUGUAUAUGGGCUUCGAUGAAGCGAGGCUUGAAACGGACCUGGCCUACUGGAUGGACCACUCGCGAGCCAAUGACCACGGGCGUCAGCACCACUACGACGAGAACGCUCCCAUCGGGCCCCGCUACCCGAGUUCCUACAGGCAUGGCGCCGAUGUCAACUACGACUACUACUAAGCACCGCCCCUCCCUCCCGUGCAGCUUGCGCUCUGCAUGCCGCUAUGCUUCCUGCAUGCUGGACUUCUGAGUUCCACAACGGUUAUUUUCUAAGGAAAUCGGACACUGAGCCGAACACCAGACGCUCCACAGCCCCGGUCACGACCGUCGCCUCUUCUGCAACUCCUAUGCAGCGUUAUUUCCCCCUACGAGGGACAAGGUAUUUUCUCUGCUUCUCCUACCGUGUCCUCUGCAGCUUUGUCUCCAAAUAAAGAGAGAAU